AAUAUGUGUAUGUAUUAGCCAGUUGUUUUGCCUUUCAUAUUUUCCGAUCCGGAAGUAAAAAUCUGAAGGAGCAGCCGAGAAACCUAACAGCCUCGAGAAUGGCGAAAUAUACAGAAGACGAUUUGAAUGAAAUAAAGGAGACAUUCUGCCUGUUUGACACCAAAGGUGAUGACAAAAUUGCAGCUUGCCAGCUAGGGGAUGUUCUGCGUUCUCUCGGCCAAAACCCAACCGAACAGGAAAUUCGCAAGUGUGGAUAUUCUCAAAGUCCAGAUGCCCGUAUUUCCUUUGAGACAUUCUUUCCCAUCCUUCAGACCAUCACCAAAAGCCGCAGUAUUCCACCACUGCAAGACUUCAUUGAGGGAUUCCGUGUUUUUGACAAAGAGCAGAAUGGUUUCAUUGCGUCAGCUGAACUUAGACAUGUUCUCACUUGUUUAGGUGAGAAACUGUCUGACGAUGAAGUAGACCAGCUGUUUCAGGGAAUUGAAGAUCAGCAAGGAAAUAUCAACUAUGAAGAACUCAUUAAAAUGGUUCUCAAUGGAUAAGCUCAUCUACCUGUCCAGGAACAUCUUCUCUCCUUAGUGGACCAUUUAGAGUUCUUUCUACAGUGAAACUAAUCUUUGUACUAAUAUUUAUAAUCCUUAUCAUGUCAGCAUACAUGUAUUACAAAUGCAUAAACACUUGAGGUAGGAAUGUAAAUUCACUUUUGUGCAGAUGACCUGAAAUAGAACUUUGCAUUUAUUCUUUGCUUUUGUGACAAUGCAAGCAAGCAGUACAAUUAAAUUCUUCACGAACCAC